AAAGCGAAGGAGGGAGAUAGGUAGGAUAAAGAGAGAAUUGGGAGAGAAACAGGCAGAGCGCGAGCGAGGAAGAGAUGCAGAGUGGGAGACAGAGAGAGGGGGGAGGGAGAGAGAUAAUAGUUUCAUAAAAGCCACAUCCGAUCCACGACAUUCUUUAGCAGUAAUUUUUGUUUCCAUUCCGUCUGCCCACAAUGUGUUGUUACGGGAAUAUAACAGAGAGACAGACAGACAUACCAGUAGGAUGACUAUGCUGUUUACGUAAUUAUAAACCCACUGCACAAAAACAUGGACAUCUUUGGAAUAAUGUUUUUAGUAGGUGCAGUGCAGGCAAUAGCAUAGGCUGCUAUUUGUCCGUGCGCAGAAACAGAUUCAGAUUGGGUGUGGAGAGUAGAAUAGCUAGACAGAGUGGGGGGACUUUGAUAAGGAAUCUGAUAAUUAAGUCUUAUUACAUUUCCCACAUUUCCCACUCGACAAUUACUGGGGAUGGGAAGCAAUCUGGAAUGGAAACUUCCCGUGUUCUAUUUUUGUGUGCCUCAGUACGUGUGCCUUUUGGCAUUUGUAGCCGGCAUCUUCGUGCAAAAUUGCAUUACGUCACUACAUCAUUCUGGUGAAUUCUCUCUCCCACCAAAAAAAAUGACUUGCCUACAGGCGGCCAGCCAGCCACCCGCCCCGUUAGCUGCAUGGUGUAGUAGAGUAGAGAAGCAUCAUCAGCAUCAACAACAACACCGGGAAAUGCAGCUGCUGUAAAGGAACUGGUCCCCCUCCCACCACCGGCAGAUGGAGUGUGAGCGCGCCACCGCCACGUGACUCGGUCGGUUCGCAUCUGUAGUGUGGCGGAGAAUCUCACUCUGCAUCAUGGCUGCGGAAGAUGCAGCUGCCCGGUCCCGAACCUCCCCCCUCUUCCCCAGGGUACCGCUCUCCCCAGCCCGGCUGCUGUUCCUCUCUCUCCUGUCCCUCUGCCUCAUCCCCUCCCCGUCCCUCGCCCUGCUCGGUUUCCGUCCGGAGGAGACCGGGGGAGAGCUGUCCGUGGACGACGGGGUGCUGAAAGCCACGGAGGGAACCCGCUUCAUGCUGCGGGUCUACUACGCCUCAUCCCCACAGAGGCUCAACCGGACCGCUGGGGCCAGAGCCAACGCUGCUCCCUGGAUAGCAUUUAUCGAGGAGCCGAGGCCGGGGAGAGAGGGGCAGGUCCACCCGAAGCGGAAUAUGUGCAUGGAUAAAAACGCCAGGAGCUCGGAUAUUGAGAUCUUGGGCUCUUUCAAGUCCGCUUCGAGUCAGAACUCCGUGUUGGUGGAAGUACUGGCUAAGAACCUGCGCAGGGGAGAGAAGAUGAAGUACUAUUCUAUGUGCGCCUUCGACGGGUCCAAAUGGGAACACUACCGGACCCGGGAUUUCUGGGUCGCCGUGGUGGAGCGCGGGGCCGAACCGGACCUCUGGCUUCAAGUGUUAGUAUCGGUUCUGUUACUGGCCCUCUCGGCACUCUUCAGUGGCCUGAACCUCAGUCUGCUCGCGUUGGACCCGGUGGAGCUCCAGGUUCUGCAGAACAGCGGCACGGACAAGGAGCAGAAAUACGCGAGGAAAAUCGAGUCAGUGCGGAGGCACGGUAACUACGUCCUGUGCACUUUGCUGCUGGGCAACGCGCUGAUCAACGCGGCGCUCGCAGUGUGGAUGUGUCAGAUCCUGGGGAUGACCUGGUUGUCCACCAUUAUCUGCGCGUUUGGGAUCUUUUUCAUUGGGGAGAUCCUGCCACACUCUGUUGCGUCGCGGCACGGCCUGGCCAUUGCGUCCAAAACCAUCUGGGUAACCCGUCUUCUCAUGGUUCUCUCCUUCCCCAUCUCCUACCCCAUCAGUAAACUCCUAGACUUCAUCCUCCACCAGGAGAUCAGUAACUUUUAUACGCGGGAAAAACUCCUUGAGAUGCUGCGCGUGACCGACCCGUACCACGACCUGGUUAAAGAGGAGCUCAACAUCAUACAGGGCGCGCUCGAGCUCCGGACCAAGACCGUGGAAGAUGUUCUGACUCCGCUAACCGACUGCUUCAUGCUCACCUCGGAAGCGGUGCUGGACUUCAACACCAUGUCGGAGAUUAUGCAGAGCGGCUACACGCGGAUCCCGGUGUUCGAAAACUUGCGGUCGAACAUUGUGGAUAUUCUGUUCGUGAAGGACUUGGCGUUCGUUGACCCGGAUGACUGUACCCAUCUGAAGACCAUAACACAGUUCUAUAAACACCCCAUGCACUGUGUGUUCAACGACACCAAACUGGAUGCCAUGCUGGAGGAGUUCAAGAAGGGCAAGUCCCACCUGGCCAUCGUCCAGCGGGUCAACAACGAGGGUGAGGGUGACCCCUUCUAUGAGGUCAUGGGCAUCGUGACCCUGGAGGACGUUAUAGAGGAGAUCAUCAAGUCAGAGAUACUGGACGAGACUGACCUCUACACUGAUAACCGUUCUAAGCGUCGUGUUUCUCACCAUGAGAGGAAGCAGCAGGACUUCUCCAUCUUUAAGCUGUCGGAGAACGAGAUGAAGGUGAAGAUCUCUCCCCAGCUCCUCCUCGCCACGCACCGCUUCCUGUCCACAGAGGUGGAGCCAUUCAAGCCAGCCCACCUAUCAGAGAAGAUCUUACUGCGUCUCAUUAAACACCCCAGUGUGGUCCAGGAGCUGAGCUACGAUGACAAGAACAAACUGGCCCCACAGCACUUCCUGUUUCAGAGAAACAAACCUGUUGACUACUUCAUCCUGUUACUACAGGGUCGUGUGGAGGUGGAGUUUGGUAAAGAGGCUCUGAGGUUUGAGAACGGAGCGUUCGCCUACUACGGGGUGCCUGCCAUCAUGCCCACAGUCCACAGAUCCCCCUCCCGUAGCAGUGGUCUGGACCGGUCUGACUCUAUGCUGUAUGGGGGCAGUCUGGGCCAACUCAACGGAGGGGGGAGCGUCUACCUGCCUGACUACUCUGUUAGGCAGCUCACACACCUGCAGGUCAUUAAGAUCACCCGUAGCCACUACCAGAACGCCCUGACAGCCACUCUGAUGGACAGCUCCCCCCAGACCCCCGACACAGACGCCCGGCCCACAGACGGGAACACUCCCGACCUCCCUGUCCCGGAGCAGAGUGGAGACCACCUCCUUCCCCCCAGAGAGACCCGGCCCAGCUCGACCAGAACCAGAGGACAGCAGUCCUCCGUCCCACACAGCACCUCUCUGCUCAACGAGAAGAACCGCAUCGUCCGCAGUAAAUCAGACGGUCAGAACAGCCCCAGUGAUUCCGUGUUCCUCAGGAUGGAUGAGAUCUCUUACAUCAGAGAGGAGCACUCAGAGAGGGACAGCACCAACGACACAGCCUCUGUUGCUAUAGAAAUGGACGCCCCCUCUUUCAUCAGUACUCUGUCUCUGAGUGGAUCAGAGGACACACUGGGCAAGAAACUACUGCUCAAGCUCAGUCACAAGAAGAGGAAAAAAUCUCGGGAAGGAGACAAGACGCCUGAGGAUACAUCAGAACAGCCGCUGGUCAAGACCUAGCUGUGUGUGUGUGUGUGUGUGUGUGUGUGUGUGUGUGUGUGUGUGUGUGUGUGUGUGUGUGUGUGUGUGUGUGUGUGUAUAUGGACUAACUGCAGGCCCUCACACAAUCAUCAACAGCCUUUUUUCUUCCUCUUUUUGAUCGUUUGUCAGACAUUUCUGCAACGUUUGUCAGACGUUCCGGUCCCUAGUUGACCACUCUCAGAUGUCACAACCAACAGACGUUCUAAAGGGAAACAGAAGGAUAUAACAGCACAUAGAAAAGAUAGAGCUCAUCUCCCCCUGACACCCCCACAGUCUCUGAUCUUAGACAGCACCAAAUGGGAGGAACUAACUGAACCAGCGGGACGGAAGCUACCAUGUCAUCCUGAACCUGGGGGUUUUUUCUUCUUGAAUGUUUCAUGUCUAAGUGGCUAAUGGAUUUGAAGACGAAGAACGUCAGGAGAAGAGAGGUGGAUUUUGGUUUAUGCCACUGUCAACAUUUAAUUCACCCCCUCCUUACAAAAUAAUUGAAUUGGCCCUGUUGGAGCUGUGGCAAGGAAACCAAAGACUAUGUUGAUAUCAUCAGUGCACAGAAGAAUAUUCACCAUGCAAAUGUAUGAAGAUCUCAUCCAUUCCUUCUUCAGGACGUUUUUAUGGAUGCUGUAUCACUUGUGUUAUUUGAUAGUGAAUGUUUAUUACUAUUCUCUUCUAUCCUCUUUCCUAUCUACUGUCUAAGGGGUGAAUCCUAACUUUCAUUUGAGUGGAUUUUCAUGCAUUGAUAUCAAUGGGAGACUAAGUGAAAAUUCUAUUUAGGAUUCACACCGAGGUUCACUUGUCAGCAUGGACUCAUGCUAUAGUGGUGUAAGGGGUUUAAAAGGACAUGAGAUGGUUUGGGGUUUUAAUGCCUUACUAAGAGAAAAUCUCCAGUCUGCAUGUUUUAAAGUACUGGCUGAGCAUCAUGUAGAUCUCUAUUCUCUCAGCCCAACUGUUAUCACAACGCCCUCAAAUGGUGGGUAUGAGAACGGACCAGUCUCUUCCAAAUGAUGUAUAUGAGCAAUACUGAAACACUUUUACACAGUUGUGAGCGGGACACAUCCAAAAGACGGUACUAAUGUAGGAUAUGCCAUUAGGAAACAUCUGUUGUAGAGAAUACAUUUCUUAUUUGAUCUGACACCGUAAGACCCAUGUGUCUCUCUCUCUCUGGAUUAAGACCACGGGGUGUGUCUCUGCUCUGACUGGGUUUGUGCCGAUUCAGGUUCGUGCCACUGCACCACAGUGGGG